AUGUCUCAUUAUAAAGAUAAGAUUGCUGUCGUCACAGGGGCCGGUCGAGGUAUCGGCCGGGCAGUCGCAUGUGAAUUUGCUGCUGCCGGGGCUGUUGUUGUCCUGGCUGAUAUCACAAUUGAAGCGCAAGAGGCCACGGUCGCUCAAUUACAAAAAGACGGACACAAGGCCUUUGCGUACCACUGUGAUGUUACAAGCGACAGUUCCGUGUCUUCAUUCGCAUCAGCCGUUCUAAAGGACGUGGGCUGUCCAGACAUCAUCUACAACAACGCCGCCAUCAUGCACACAGGGAGUAUCCUGAACGCCCCAAUCGACAAUAUCCGACAGGACCUCGAUGUGAACGUGCUCGGUUAUAUCCGCGUUGUUCAACAGUUUUUGCCGUCCAUGGUUUCUCGGGGCUCAGGCUGGAUCAUCAAUACAGCGUCGCCGAACGCCUUUGUGCCGCCGCCAGCAGUUGCUGAGAAUCUCAUGAGCUACUGCAUUACCAAGGCGGCUGAAGUCUCUUUGAGCCAGUCCAUGGCAGUGACGCUUUUGCCGAAGGGAAUCGAUAUUAGCGUUGUUUUCCCCGACAUCACCCAUACUGAGGCUGUCAAUAAUCUAUCAGGCACGGCGUCGGACGAGUUUCAUGCAGGAAUUGCCGGUUUCAUGCAAAGCCAGGGUCGGCCAGCUGCUGAUGUUGCUGCAAAUAUUGUUCGAGACUUGCGGCCUGACCAGUUCUUUACUAAUGUCUAUGCUGGGUUUGAGAAGAUGUUGACGGUUUGGGCGGAGCGUAAGUUGGACCCGGCUUAUAACUACCUUGGGGAACAUAGGUAG